AGAAAUUCUUCCUAUAUGGAUCAGCCUUCUAGUGAUGGUGAAACUGGAAGAAGACCACUCUGAGCAAACCCAGGAUGAAUCGGGUGCCAGGUGAUGCAGAAAAUGCUCACAGCAGCAGUGUGGAAUCCUGUCCUUCCCUGCGGGAUGUCCCCUCCAUCAACCCAGUGCAGCUGAUGGCAAGAAUUGAGUCCUAUGAAGGCAGAGAGAAGAAAGGCAUAUCGGAUGUCAGAAGAACUUUCUGUUUGUUUGUUACAUUUGAUCUCUUAUUUAUAACCUUGCUGUGGAUAAUAGAAUUAAAUGUAAAAGGAGGCAUUGAGACUACCUUAGAGAAAGAAGUUCUACAUUAUGACUACUCUUCUUCAUAUUUUGAUAUAUUUCUACUGGCAGUCUUUCGAUUUAAGGUGUUAAUACUUGCAUAUGCAAUGUGCAGACUGCGCCAUUGGUGGGCAAUAGCUUUUACAACAGCAGUGACCAGUGCCUUUUUAUUAGCAAAAGUAAUUAUUUCACAGCUGUUCUCACAGGGUGCUUUUGGCUACGUGCUGCCCAUCAUAUCCUUCAUACUUGCCUGGAUUGAAACUUGGUUCUUGGAUUUUAAAGUGUUACCACAAGAAGCUGAAGAAGAAAACAGUAAGCUUUUGAUAUUUCCCCUCAAUCGCUGGA